AUGGUAUUCGGGGUGAUUCAGAAUGGUCCUUUGACCCCAUGCAUUGACUGGAACCUUCUCGCCACGGUUUAUGGCGGGACGCGUCGAGCUUUCUGCCACCACGUCAGAGCAGAGCAGCCUGGAACAGUAGCCUCAAAUGACCGCUUUCCACAUUUCCUGCGACUACCUUUGGAGCUACAGCGGCACAUUCUUACGUUUUGCGACUCGGCGAGUCUCUUUCAGCUCAUGCACGUAUCCGCUACCGUCCGUGACGAGGCGAAGAAGCUGUUCUGGUCCGAAUCAACAACGCGCUACCACGUCUAUGGCUACUGGCUAUUUUCUGGUGGACAUCCUGCGUAUUCAUGUCAUGACCCCGAGUCGCUGGCUUAUAUGCGGUACAUUGAAGUGGAUUUCAAUCCUUAUACACCGCCCACGUUCAGUGGGUGGGAAGGCGGUCAGCUUGGAUGGCUCUUGCAAAGUAAACGACUACCUUCUGGUUAUGUGGCCGAGCAAUUCGCUAAGUUCUGGACGACAUUAAGGAGCCGCUUUCCUUCAGUCGUCGAUGUUGUGUUGAGCACGGAAUUCGGCUCGCAUUCCUUUGGAUCACCGGCGCCCUCUGAGCUGACGAAGUUGGCCGAGGGAUGCCCUGAAGCCAUCUCCGUCUCCGUAUCGUGCCUCCUCGGUCGAAAACCGCACUCUUCACGGAUCCCAUCGAGGCACAUUUGGCACAAAACCCGCCGCAACAACAGUUCAUCUACUUGGACGCUGGUUGAUCCCGCUUGGACACGUCAAAGCAUUUUUCCACCGAUGAAGAAGUUUGCUGGUCCAGUCGGAUCGUAUAUCAGUCUUGCAUAUAAUGAACAAAAGUUCUUUCACCUAUCACUGGCGCGUCCACUUCUGAUUAUGCAAGCCACAGAGGCAUACUAUUUGCAUUUUCGGCCUGGGCCCGGUGUUUGCCCCAUCACAGGAUGUGGGCAGGAGUUUGAGGUCCCAAGUCAGUGGGUAGCGCACUUUAUCGAAGCUGACCACAAUGCUAAAGAGCUUUGCCCUCCACCUUGCGAGCCGUUUCAGGAUCUGUUCAAACUUCACGACGCAUCUUUAGCACUGCUGGAGCAAAGAAUCGACUGUACAUGGGCUCGUAUGCAAGCGGCAUGGGGCGAAGAAGGGAGUCAGCAACGCGACGAGAUGAAGCAAAACUUCUUGCAGCAGCUGGAGUAUGAUCCCCUAUAUGCAGAAGAGAAGUCACCAGAUGAGAGCUCACUUUGGCGCAUUUACCAGAAGAGCCUGAAUGAUGAUUGGGACGAAUGUUGCCCGUCCACCGACUAA